AUGUCCCCACCUACUGAUUUCCCUAUCAACACAUUACCACACCCCCUAAUUUCCAUAUCUCUCAGUGGCCACACCCCCAACUACCACCCACAUAACCCAGGCCUGGCCACGCCCCCUUCCCUCGGCGCCACGCCCCCGCGCGCCGCCGCCGUUGCGUCACUUCCGGGGCGCAAAGAUGGCGACGCCCUAUGUGACGGACGCGACCGCUACGAGAACAAAUACGUGAAAUUCUUCCGGAGCAAACCCGAACUGCCGCCGGGUUUAAACCCCGAGGCCGCCCCCUCCCCAUCGAGCCGAGGGAACCCCCCCGGGGGGCGGCCCGAGGGCUGCGACCCCUCCCCAACUUUAUCCAAGAGCGCCCGCAGGAACCUGAAACGCAAAGAGAAAAGGAAACAGCAGCAGGAAAAGGAAAAAGAUCGGGAAAACGGCGGCGGGGACGGACUGAGCCAGGCGCUGGAAAAAAUCGGGCUGGGAGGAGGAGGAGGAGGAGGAGGAGGAGGAAAUCCCAGCAAGAAUCCCGCCGAUUCCAGCAAGAAUCCCGGCGAGAACCCCGGGGUUAAUUCCGGGAGUAAUUCCAGGGAUAAUUGCGGGAAUAACAGCGGGAGUCAUUCGGGGAAGAAUUCGGGGAGGAAUUCCGGGAGUAACGUCGGGAAUAGCUGCGGGGAUAAUUCCAGGAAUAAUUUAGGGAAGAAUUCGGGAAGCAACUCCGGGAAUAAUUCGGGGAGCAAUGCCGGCAUUAAUUCGGGAAGCAACUCCGGGAAUAUUUCGGGGUGUCACGUCGGGAAUAGCUCCGGAGAUAAUUCCGGGAAGAAUCUGGGGAAUAACACCGGGCUGAAUUCCGGUAGCAACGUCGGGAAAAGCUCCGGAGAUAAUUCCACAAAGAAUUCGGGGAGCAACAUCGGGAAGAAUUCGGGGAGCAACUCCGGUGAUGAUUCGGGGAGCAACGCCGCGAAGAAUUCGGGGAGCAACUCCGGGGAUAUUUCGGGAGACAACCCCGGGAAUAUCGCCGGGAAUGUCGCGGGGGAUGACGGCGGGAGCUCGGAGCGCGGGCGGCGCAUGAAGAACCUGCGGAAAAAGCUGCGGCAGGUGGAGGAGCUGCGGCGGCGGCUGGAGGGCGGCGCGGGGCCCCGGCCCAGCCCCGAGCAGCUGCAGAAGCUGGCGCGGCGCGGGGCGCUGGAGGCCGAGCUGCGGGCGCUGGAGCUCGGCUCCUAACCCUGUUUUUUGGGAAUUUUUGGGGUUUUUUUCCAGAUUUUUUUCGGA